AUGCAGAACAACGUCAAGCCGAGGCAGCAUUUCUUGGAGAGCCUCAAGUUCAGAUUUGGUGGUGUCAAAAAACCCUCACGCUCCCGUGAAACCGGUGUACUCUCGCAUGAAACAUCUCACCCCGCCGAUGAAAAAUCUUUCGAAAAGAUUUGUUUCGAGCUUGCCUGUGUCGAUCAUUGCGAGGUCGGUUCCGAAAAAAUCGCCCAGAUGUUUGAGCUUCAGGAGCUCAACAUCAAGAUGGCUGUGCUAUCCGAAGGUUUCAGGAUUGUUCUUCCGCCUUACCUGGACCUUCCCGGCCUUGGCGAUAUUGAGGAGCAGGGAGUCGGCGGUACCUGCGAUCAGUUCAUCGGCUCCCUCCCGCCGUCCUGCAGGAAGGUCUCUGAAAAAGCCAGCCCUCUCGGAUUGGUCCCGAAACUCCUGCCCCACGGCCUUAUCUCUAAGGGAGCGAGAUACGUCGGAUCGUGCUUCUGGAUCUGGCUUUGCAUCGUCGAUGAUCUGACUGAAAAUCUUCUCGGAAAGGAAUGGGACGAUUGUGAGGCCGAUUUGUUCCUUGCCUUCUCGAAGGAUGUCGACGAGUCCCUGUUCAAUGACAAGGACAACCAGGCCGUCCGUGUCUCUCUGGCUCUCCGUAACGUCAUCCAUUCGACCAGCAUCUGCACCGGUGUGGUCGAUAGUGUUAAGGAGGCUCCGUGGAGACAGGCGUUUAUGGAUGCUGUUUGCGAAGUCCUUACUGGUUUCAGAGAAGAACGCCCUCUCCUCGAGACGAACAGGAUCGCGAUGUAUGAGUGGAUGAGGGUUAGAGCCAUCACCAUCUCUGUCCGCCCCUUCCUUAUCCUGGCCCGUGCCGAUCUGGGUCUCAUGCCGGUCAUCUCUCAUCUCGGCAACCCCCUCGACUCGGGAUACCUCGACGUCGCAGCCACGAUUGACAAGGCGAAUAUGUCUAACCUCCGCAAGGUGGAGUGCAUGUUGCAGUUGAUUAUGGGUUUGCAGAACGAUAUCCUGGGCUGGGAGAAAGACUACAAAACAGAGAAUCCUCUGUCCGCCAUCCAGAUUCUCAUCAAGUGCGGAUCCAAGCCCAACAUCGCCGUGGCCCGUGUCAUCGACACGCACAACGAGCUCGUCCGUCGCUGCGUGCAGCAUGCCGGCACGGUCUGUGACGAUCCAAACGAGCAUGUUAGGCUCCUCAACGGCGACAGCGGCACCCAUCACACCUCGAAGAACUUCCGCCCCCACGUCUUUGGUGUUUUCGGCCAUCCUCGUGAGGCUCACCCCAACAGGGGCACCGUCCCUAGGGAGAAUGUCCGAGCUUAUAUCCAGCUUAUUCUCGGCUUCGCGAACGGCAUGGCGAAGUGGAUGGCUGUCUCUAAGCGCUACACGUCCUAG